GCCUUUGCGCCGUAGUGUCACACUUCAGAUGAGUCCACUGAGCUUUGCGUUGCCACAAAACAUGUUUGAGUGCAAUGCACGGAUCUGAGCUGACAGCUGGAGCUAGAUCGCUGCAGGGUGAGCAUCAGACACAAGCAUAGCCCUGGGAUCACUGCAGCACUAUCUCACUCUGAUUAGGAGAAACUGCAUCACCACAGCAUGAGAUGUUCCCGUCUGUAGUAUGAGGUCACAGACUGAGCCCAAGCAGGGGAAUGAUGUCACUGAAUGGUCUCCCCCCCAUUUCUGACUGGCACUGUGACACCCAUGCCCUGUAAGUGGGUAUUGAUGCCAUAGAAGAAAGUGACUCAGCUGCUGUGGUCUCUGUUUCUAUCCACCCCACCUCCCUGCACUCUCUGUAGCCCUGGAGCAAGGGGGGCUUGUCACUGUGUGAAUACUGCACUCUGCCUGGUCACCACCUCACUCAUCUCUGUGUCCUCACUUUCCCAUGUUUGCAUGAUAGCAGGCAAGGCUUGGGGCUGAUCUAGUGAAUGACCUUGCACAGGGCUCAUUAGAAGGGAAGCCCAGCACUGUUUCCCUCUAGCUCUCCACCCACAGGAGAGACUGCAGAAUGCCUGCAGCACCGGGAGCUCCCCUCUGCCUCUCCUGCCUGUUACUGCUCGCUGUGCUCAGGAUCCAUGCCUUCAAUCUGGAUGUCACCAACACACUGACCAAGGAUGGGGAAAAGGACAGCUUAUUUGGCUUCUCAGUGGCCCUUCACAGACAACUGAAUCCUGACCCUGUGAGCUGGCUUUUGGUUGGAGCUCCUCAGGCCUCAGCAUUACCAAAUCAAAAUGCCAACCGUACAGGGGGUCUCUAUGGAUGUCCGCUUACUACAGAGCCAAAGGACUGUAUCCGACUUGAUAUUGACCAUGCAGCUGAUACAUCUCAGGAGAGCAAGGAAAACCAAUGGCUUGGAGUCACAGUAAAGAGCCAAGGCCCUGGUGGAAAAAUUGUGACAUGUGCGCACUUGUAUGAAUCUCGCCAGAGAGUAAACCAGCUUUCUGAGACCCGGGACGUGAUUGGCCGAUGCUUUGUUUUGAGUGAAGAUUUAACCAUAAGUGAUGACCUAGAUGGAGGAGAGUGGAAGUUCUGUGAGGGUAGAACAUUGGGACAUGAGAUGUUUGGAUUCUGCCAGCAAGGCAUUUCUGCAGGUUUCACCACUGACAAUCAUUAUAUCAUGUUUGGGGCCCCAGGCACAUACAACUGGAAAGGGGAGCUCCGGGUGGAGUUAUUUAAUCAGAGUGCCCUGGCCCUAGGCACUUAUGAUGACGGCCCAUAUGAAGUUGCUGGAGAGAAAAGCCAGAAACCAGAAAUGAUACCAGUACCACACCACAGUUAUUUUGGUUUCUCAGUCGACUCAGGGUGGGGGGUAACUGGGCGGAACACACUGAGCUUUGUAAGCGGGGCGCCCCGGGCAAAUCAUACAGGUGCUGUGGUUAUUCUUCGUCGGGACAAUGGAAGCCAGCUCAUCCCAGAAGUGACUUUAUGGGGAGAGACCCUGGCAUCAUCAUUUGGGUACUCAGUUGCCAUUGAGGAUCUCAAUAAUGAUGGAUGGAUGGAUUUGCUUGUGGGUGCCCCUAAUUUCUUCUCACGGAAAGAUGAGAUCGGUGGCGCUGUUUACGUUUAUAUGAAUCAGGCUGGAAAACUGGAUAAAUCACCCCCCCUCCGACUUAAUGGGUCUGAAGGGUCUAUGUUUGGAAUUGCCAUUGGCAGCUUGGGAGACAUUAACCAGGAUGGUUUCAAAGAUGUUGCCAUUGGAGCCCCAUUUGAUGGAAAUGGAAAGGUUUAUAUUCAUCAUGGCAGCCCCAAAGGAUUAGUUACCAAACCGGCACAGAUUCUGGAUGGUAUAAGUGUUGGAAUAAAGACUUUUGGAUACUCCCUGUCUGGGGGAUUAGAUAUUGAUGGAAACUCCUAUCCUGAUCUUUUGGUGGGAUCUCUUUCUGACACCGUAGUGCUGUUUCGGUCACGCACUGUCAUUCAUGUCCUGAAGGAAAUCACUUUCACUCCACAAAAUAUUGACUUAGAGAAUCAGAAUUGCAAGCAUGGCACUGGAAUCUGUGUGGAACUAAGAGCGUGUUUCAGUUACAGCGCUGUCCCUGCCAGUUAUAACCCUCAAAUCACUCUUAAAUGUGUCUUUGAGGCUGAAGCAGACAGGAGACUUCAAGGAAAGUCAAGUCGAGUGAUUUUCCUAAAGCGCCAUUCUAGUGACUCAGAAUCCCAACAUACUAGCACCGUGGAGCUGCACAAGCAAUCUGCCAGCCACUGUACAACUGCCAAAUUCCAGCUACAGGAAGAUAUAAAAGACAAGCUUCGGCCCAUUCCAGUGACACUGACCUACAACAUACAUGACGCACAUCUCAGGGGUCAUUCAUCUGGGGACCUAUUACCCCCCCUCAUGCCAGUUCUGAGUGAUGUGGAAAGAAACGUCUAUACCACAGAGGUUAAUUUCCUCAAAGAAGGCUGUGGAGAAGACAAGAUCUGUCAGAGUAACCUGCAGCUCAGCUAUACCUUCUGUUCCCGUGUUGGCAACACUAACCAGUUUGUGCCACUGCCAGUAGAAAAUGAGGUUCCAGUGUUUUCUCUGACCGACCAGAAGGACCUUGCCAUUAAGAUUACUGUCACUAACUUGCCAUCAGACCCCGAGAAUGCAAUGUUGGAUGGAGACGAUGCCCAUGAAGCACAGCUGAGUGCGGUCUUUCCAGAUACACUGUCCUACUCUGGUGUGCGGCAAGCCACUGACAGCUCAGGCGCAUCUCCGGACAAGGAAAUAGUCUGCAUUUCCAAUGUGAAUGCUUCUGAGGCAACAUGUGAACUCGGAAACCCUAUGAAGCGGAAUGCUGAGAUAACUUUUUACCUGAUAGUCAGCACCCCUGGAAUUACUAUAGAGACUACAGAUUUGGAGGUGAAACUUGAACUGGCCACGAUAAGUGAGCAGCCCAACUUGCCAAAAGUACAGGCCAGAGCCAAGGUGAUCCUUGAACUUCCAUUGUCUGUGUCUGGGGUGGCAACUCCAAACAGACUGUAUUACAGUGGGGAGGUGAAAGGUGAAUCGGCCAUGCGCACAGAGGAAGAUGCGGGCAGCCCGAUAGAUAUUGAAGUGACAGUCUCCAGUAUAGGGAAAUCCUUACGCACCCUGGGUUCUGCCUUCCUGAACCUCAUGUGGCCUCAUGAAAUGAUGAAUGGAAAGUGGCUUCUGUACCCAAUGGCAAUCCAGCUGAAGGAAAAGGAGCAGUCUAAUCGCAGCAUGGAAUGUACCCCUAUGAAAGCCAUCAAUCCCCUAAAACUGAACACAGUGGCAAGAGCUGCAAGUACAGUACAGACGGAUCAUACGCCGAGUUCUGCUAGUCGGUGGUCUCUAACGUACCCUGAAAAGAAAAAGGACAUCAUUCUGGAUUGUUCUCGAGGUACUGCCCGCUGUGUCGUCUUCCAGUGCCCACUCUAUAGCUUUGACCAGCAGGUGGUGCUAAAAGUCCAUGGGCGUCUCUGGAACAGCAGUUUAUUGGAGGAAUACCCAUCUGUUAGUUCCUUGGAAUUGGUUGUCAGAGCAAACAUUACUGUAAAAUCCUCUAUCAAGAACCUGGUUCUGAGAGAUGCCACCACACAGAUUAAUGUGAUGCUGUAUUCAGACUAUGGAGUGGCUGCUCUUGGAGGCAUACCCUGGUGGAUUAUCCUUAUUGCAGUGCUGGCUGGAAUACUGCUGCUCGCUCUUCUUGUUUUCAUCUUAUGGAAGUGUGGUUUCUUCAAGAGGAGCACAGCACAGGCCAAGUACACUACAAACUACUACCGGGCUCACCUGGGGGUACAGCCCUCCGAGGCAGCAGACAGGCAGGCAGAGGAUGAGGCCUAGCUGUGUGGCUUUUUCAAGAGGAAACGCCUUCAAGAAGAGAAGCUGCCACAGCACCAUGCCGUGAAGAUCCCAAGGGAAGAGAGACCAAUGGUGCGGGAGGAGAAGACAGGGACCAUUAAGAAAAAAGACUGGGUGACAAACUGGAGUGAAGAUGGCACAGUGCAGAACUCCUCAUAACCUUCCCUGCACUCCCCCCCCACCCCCCUUCCCACAGACUCUCUGAUUCUUUCUAUGAACUUGGGGCAAGAUGGCUGAAUCCCUCUAAUUUUGGAGGUGUUUCCUAUAGUUUAUUUUAUUGCUGUUUUGUAUAUAAAGAAGUUACUGUAACCGGAAACGUUUCAUCCUCAGCCUGUGCUCUGGCGCUUAACCCCUUCAGCUUCAGGGGGCCACUGCUGUGGCAUCGGCACAUUACAGGGGUUGGAGUGAAUUGGCUUCUGAGCAAAAGACAAUAUUUCAAAACAUAUCCUCUUUUGUUGGAUUUCACAAAAACCAAAAGCACUGAGGCUUAUUCAAGAUGGCACCAAAAAACGGCUCCACUAGAAAUAGUGAGUACAGUCUAAGGCGACUAAUAAUGAAUAGAGGAGAUACAUUUCAGAGGUGAAUUCAGAGGCAACUGGAGAACCAUCCAAUUCACAUCCAGCAAGGAAUUCAAAUGACUUAUUGACAAACUAUUCUUUGGACCUCAGCAAGUGUUCCAAACCUUGACAGCCAUGGUGCUGAAUUAAGAAUCCAGGGAGUCAUUUUUGUUCCUCCUACAGUGAUCUUCAGCUUUGAUCACCUAUAGCUGGCCAAUUAAAAAGAAAGAAUAUUGCAUUAUAGGGAGCCACUGGGACACCAUUGUGAAUGAGGCAAGGUACAUUUACUGCUGGAAGAUGCACCCCCUUAGUUUUAAGUCAGUGCACAAACUGCAUGCAGGGCUCAGCUUUGUGCUUUCUGUCAGUUGUUGUAUAAUAAUUAUGGGAAGUUCGUUUCCACAUAUGAACAGCUCUGCUCUGCUCAUUGUAAUUGCCCCAUGUUUCUUUUUCUAUGAAAUCACUUGCCUUAGUGAAUGACCACUUUGAAAACCUUAAAAACCCACAAUGCAAUGUUCCCUUAAUGAGCAAACAGUGGCCUUGUUUCCAAAGAAAGUGCAUUUAUUUAUAAUGAUUUUUUUUUGUUUCUUCUGCAAUAAAGGCACCAGGGCCUCUAUUUUAAUUAU